AGCGUCUGAAGCAGCCAAUCAGGUCGCAGCUUCUUCUAAUUUUUUUUCUCCACUCGUAAACACGUGUACGAAGCGGUGUGUGUUCCUGUCCCAACGCAGAGAAUUUAAACAGAUAAUACUCUUCAGCCGUAUAACAUCCUCAAAAUGGCAAAGAGCCUCCGGAGUAAAUGGAAGCGAAAAAUGCGGGCAGAGAAGAGGAAGAAAAAUGCGCCCAAGGAGCUGGCCCGACUGAAACAAGCUCUGAAUCUGGACAAGAAAGGAGAAGCUGCGAUGACCGACAUGCAGGAGAUCGCCACAGUGGUGCCGGCUGACAAGAUAAAGAAGGAAGGAGAUGUCGAAAUGGCAGAACUGGAGGGAGACGAUGGGAAGAUGGACCUGGACAGGAAGCGCAACAAGAAAACUCUUUUGGAUGAAAACGGACAGUAUCCCGCAUGGAUGGGCCAAAGGCAGGCCAAGAAACUGAAAGGCAAGCGGAUGGCACAGAAAAGCGGCAAAGGCAAGAAGAAGAAGGGCAUCGCCUGGUAGAAUGGAGGAAACCAGAAGAUUGCUUCUUUGCCUUAAAGACUUUGGAUGCAGAAACACAGCUUCAUCAUUUCAUGUGUUCUUACAUACGUGAUUCAGUGCUGACUUUCUGCUGUUAAACCUUUCUCUGCUCAGUGAAUUCUCAGAUUCACAGCUGCGUCAUGGAGCCUGAAAUCGUCCAAAAGUUCGCCGCAGAAUGUUGCUCUCGUGGAACAGCUGCUCCGCUUUGAUUUCAGAACCAAUCCUAAGAAGUUGGUGUUGAUCUCACAGUGCUUUAGUGUGUUGUAGAAACAGAUGAAACACGCGUGUUCUCGGCUACAUGUUUAAUCUUUCUGUACUCUGAUAAAACAUCGUUUCCUGUA